AUGGCCGACGUUGACAUGGACACUGGAUCUUCCACACACACUGUAGCUAACAUGGCAGCCGUCGAGGGGUGGAUCAUCAUCGUCACGAAUCUGAACGAGGAGACGACCGAGGAGGAUCUCGAGGACCACUUUGCCGACUUUGGAAACGUCAAGAACCUCUCCAUGGCGCUGAACCGUCGUACCGGAUACGUUAUGGGCUACGCUCUCAUCGAGUAUGCGACCAAGGAGGAGGCCGAGGCGGCGAUCAAGGCAACGAACGGCACCGAGUUCCUCGAGAAGAAGAUUAACACCGACUUUGCCUUUGCCAAGCCCCCGGCAGGUGCCGGUGGAGGACGACGCGACCGUGCUCCUGGAAGGCGGGGAGGAGGGCGCGACCGCUCUGUGUCUCCGGGACGUCGAUGA